UACAAGCCAACCCCAUCCAAACACACCUCCCGGCCUUUGAUCAACGCUAUCUCCAAGAAGAUCCUGCACCCCUUCACGCACAGUACCGGGACAGCACCGAGGAGCACACGGCGGGCCACGAGAAGCAGGUCCUACCACGGUCAUCCUGCAGCUUGCCUCCACUUGCGUGCACAGCUAGACCCGAUACCAAGACACGGGCGGAGAACACCCCUACGGCUCAUCGGAGACGGAACCCUGCUGAAAAGUCCUCCCUGCCUUUAUUCCCAGCGCACCUGUCAAGCCUCCAGUGCUGGCAUCGGCUGAGUAAUGAGGACUUAGUAGGGGACGAGUUCUGA